AUGGAUUCUUUGCCGUCUCCUGGCAGAGAGGAAGCAGCUUCCAUUCAGCCUGAUCAGUGGAAGAAGCAGGAUAUUCGCUUUUCCAAGAUGCAGAAGAAAGAGAGAGUGAAGCAGUAUAUAUGCUUGGAAUGUGGAAAGAGCUUUGCUUCAAGUUCACAGCUUACUAAACACCAACAUAUCCACACUGGGGAGAAACCAUAUAAAUGCUUGGAUUGUGGAAAGACCUUUGACUGGAAUUCGCAGCUUAUUAUCCAUCAACGUAUCCACACUGGGGAGAAACCGUAUAAAUGCUUGGUGUGUGGAAAGAGCUUUGCUUCGAAUUGGCAGCUUACUGAACACCAACGUAUCCACACCGGAGAGAAACCAUAUCAAUGCUUGGAAUGUGAAAAGAGGUUUGCUCGGAAUAAAGAUCUUAGGACACAUCAACGUAUCCACACUGGGGAGAAACCAUAUAAAUGCUUGGAGUGUGGAAAAAGCUUUACUCGGAGUACAGAACUUAAGACCCAUCAACGUAUCCACACUGGAGAGAAACCAUAUAAAUGCUUGCUUUGUGAAAAAAGCUUUUCUCGGAGUAAGGAUCUUAGGACCCAUCAACAUAUCCACACUGGGGAGAAACCAUAUAAAUGCUUGCACUGUGAAAAAAGCUUUGCUCGGAGUACGUAUCUUAGGGCCCAUCAACGUAUCCACACUGGGGAGAAACCAUAUAAAUGUUUGGGGUGUGGAAAGAGCUUUGCUUCUAAUUGGCAGCUUACUCAACACCAGCGUAUCCAUACUGGAGAGAAACCAUAUGAAUGCUUGGUUUGUGAAAAAAGGUUUGCUCGGAGUACAGAUCUUCGGACCCAUCAACGUAUCCACACUGGGGAGAAACCAUAUAAUUGCUUGGGGUGUGGAAAGAGCUUUGCUUCAAAUUGGCAGCUUACUCAACACCAACGUAUACACACUGGAGAGGAACCAUAUAAAUGCUUGGAUUGUGGAAAGAGCUUUGCUCGGAGUACAUAUCUUACGGCCCAUCAACAUAUCCAUGCUGGGGAGAAACUGUAUAAUUGUUUAGUGUGUGGAAAGAGCUUUGCUUCGACUUGGCAGCUUACUCAACACCAAUGUAUCAACAUUGGGGAGUAA